UCUAUGAUCUAUGUGCAAAUUUACUAAGUCCAAUCUUUUAUCUGAUAAUUGAAGUGAUCAUAUAUUUUAUCUUGAAUCAAGUAAAACAUAUUUCCAUUAGAAGCUAUAGUGGGGGGAGUCAUGUGGUGGCCAGUGACGUGUUGAUUUGACAGUUUCCCCUUCACAGUGGAUGACUGUUUAAGAAAUAGUCAUUACCCUAAGUCACACAAACGCAGGACAGUGCAGGGAGAAGACGCAGGACAGUGCAGGGAGAAGACACAGGUGUAGACAUACAUUAGAUUUGAGGUCAAAAGUAGAAGUUACUGAAUUUGACCAAAAGCGUGUUAAGAUGUCAGAGGGAGUUUAUGGAAACUCAGAUGGAGUUGAAGACGAUGAGCCUGAUGCAAUGAAGAACACAGACAUUGAUGGCCAAUUAUAUGCCAACGUAAAAGCCUUCAAACCUAGACCAAGAGAUGGAGUUGUUGCUUCAGUACAUGUUCAGUGGUGGAGGAGACCCUCUGGAGUUGCUGCAGUGUGUCUGGGGCUGCUGUGUGUUCUCCUCCUGGCUGGGAUCAUAGGCCUGUCUGUCUACUAUGGAGUCAUUGGUCAUCACAACUCAACAGAGAGAAACCAGCUACAGACAAGUAACAACAACCUGACUAAAGAGAGAGACCAGCUACAGACCAGUUACAACACCCUGACUAAAGAGAGAGACCAGCUACAGACCAGUUACAACACCCUGACUAAAGAGAGAGACCAGCUACAGACCAGUUACAACACCCUGACUAAAGAGAGAGACCAGCUACAGACCAGUUACAACACCCUGACUAAAGAGAGAGACCAGCUUACCAAUUGUAAACAAACCUGUCCUGAAGGCUGGCAGAAGUUUGAAUCCAGUUGGUACUUCCUGUCUACUGAGACUAAAACCUGGAAGGAGAGCAGAGAGGACUGUCUGAAGAGAGGAGCACACCUGGUGAUCAUAAACAGUGAUAAGGAACAGGAGUUUCUCUUCAAACUCAAGAAGAGAGUCUGGAUUGGUCUGACUGACUCUGUUAGUGAGGGGACUUGGAAAUGGGUGGACGGUACCCCACUAACCACCCCAAGGUACUGGAAUGACAAUCAGCCUGAUAGUGGAGAUCCUAGUGGGGAGGAGGACUGUGUUGAGAUACAUAAAGAUUGGAUCUUUCCACUUAAGGCAUGGAAUGACAUGCCAUGUUACUGGAAACUCAACUGGAUUUGUGAGAAAGUGGUUUAACAUCAUGACAACAUACUGUAGCCUGCAGAGCACACAACUUCCUUCUUCAUUCUCUCUCUGUCACACAAACUCUGUCUUGAUCUCGCUCACACACUGCCUCAAUCCCAAACACACCCGUACACAGAUUGUCGCAAGCACACAUGCAUACACGUACACACACGCAUGCAAAUGCACCUAUUAUUGUAUUUGUUUGUAGUAUCUUAUUAAUUAAAUUAUUUCCUGAUUGCA